CCCCCGGGGGAAAUUGACCGUUUUCCUGGGCGGUGUCCUUAGUGUUUGGAGUAGUUUGAGUCGGUGGCGGGCUGCGGGUCGAUACGGGGCCGGUGCCAUCUCUGCAGGAGUGGGUCCCCGAGGUCUCAGGAACAGGAUUAUAUCUGGCCUGGGACUCCCCGGUGUUCAGCGCUUUCCCCAAACCCGGAUACCGGUUAUUUGGAGUCUUUGCCUCAGACCCAGAAGUCACAGAUGCCAGGAAGUAUGGCCCCCCUUAAGAAACCUCAAAAUACCAAAAAGUUGCCUUUGGCUUUAAACCCCCUGAAGAGCAAGGACGUGUUGGCAGUGCUGGCUGAGAGGAACCAGGCUAUAGUACCAGUUGGGGCAUGGGUAGAGCCUGCGUCGCCAGGUAGUUCGGAAAUCCCAGCAUAUACUUCAGCAUAUGUGAUUGAAGAAGAACUAAAAGAACAGCUAAGAAAAAAGCAAGAAGCUCUGAAGCAUUUUCAGAGACAAGUUAAACACCGAGUAAAUCAACAAAUCAGACUGCGAAAAAAGCAGCAACGUCAGAGGUCUUCUGCAGCAGCAGGAAAAGAAGGCUCUAUAGCUCUGCAGUCUUCAGAUCCAGCACACCGCACUCCUAAAAGAGCAGGUGUUUUUCCAAACAAUUUGAAGGCUGCUAUUGAAAAUGCCAGAUUACCUCCUUCCCAGAUGCGUGGGGGUGAAAUAGAAGAUAGAGAGAAUCAGGAUGAAUUAUUACAACAGCAAGCCCAGGCUCUUAGUCAAACCCUGAAACAGGCACGUCAACAGCUGGCAUCCUUUAAAACUGUGAGUAAAAGGAAUGCAGCAGUGUUUCCGGAUGAUAGAAGGAAAAGCUUUUCCACCCAAGAGGUGUCUGACUCUGAGGAAUCCUCAUCCGUUAUGACAGAGGAGAAAGGGAGAAUGAAUUUGUUUUCAGGGGACCAGCAGGAUCCCCUUUCUGAAGAUAAAGACAAGCCUCUCAGCAGAGUUCAGAAAGUACAAUUCAAAAGUCCUUUAUAUGCUGUGAUGGAAGAAGAAGAGCUAAAGCAGUUACAUCUUCAGGGCCAUCAGGAUAUCCUGCCAGAAACCCAGGAUCAUCUUCCAGAAGCCCAAGGUGAUCUGUUGGAAACCCAGGGUGGUUUCACUGGAGUCCAGAGUGCUGAGCCAACACUCAGUACCCAGACUCUUGAGCUGGAAGGCCAGGCCAUUGAGCAGGAAGCCCAGGUUGUUACAACAGAAACUCAGGGUAUUUUGCUGGAAGCCCAGAGUCCUGAACUAAAAGAUGGGAGUAUUGUGUUGGAUUUUCUACCCCCAAACCAGGAUUUUCUACCCAAAGACCAGACUAUUCAACUGAAAUGUCAGGACCAGGCUAUUCUACCCAAAGACCAGAAUAUUCUACCCAAAUGUGUACUGAAAGACCAGCACCAGGAUUUUCUACUCAAAGACGAGCUUAUUCUCUCCAUAGACCAGAAUGUUCUACCCAAAGGCCAAGAUCAUCAUUUUCUACCCCAAGAUCAGUGUGUUCUCCCCAAAGACCAGAAUAUUCUACUCAAAUAUCAGGACCAGGAUUUUCUACCCAGAGAUCAGAAAGUACACUUCAAGGAGCCAUAUUCUGGUAUGACCAAUGAGAAAGAGAGAGAAGACUUUUCUCUGGCAGGUUGUCAGUAUCCACCUCCUAAACUCCAGAACCAGGUUUUCAUCAGAGAUCAGAACAAGUAUGUUAAGCGAUUCUCAUCUUUAGAGAAAUGGGCGGUCAAAAGAGAAAUUGCUCCUGGAGUGCCAUCGAACAUAUACUUGAGGCAGCAGCCAUUUGUUGAGACAACUGAAAGAUGGCAAGAGGAAUUGCAUCUGGAUGGCCAUCGGCAUCUUCCUCCCAAGCACCAGAGAGGGGCUUCUAGCAGAAGACAGGUUUAUGAUGAAUAUCAGUCAGGAUUGAACACUGGGUUCCCAACUCCACUGGCACCUCAGUCUGGGGUAGAUCAAGAGGAAAAGAAGAAAGAGCGUCAAAAGCAGUACCUCAGGUAUAGACGACUUUUCAUGGAUAUUGAAAGAGAACAGGUGAGAGAACAACAAAGGCAAAAAGAACAUAGGAAGAAAAUUGACAAAAUUAAGAAAAAGAAAGAGCAACAACAUCAUGCUGAAGAGCAGAGGAUAUUAAGAAUGAACUUGCAAGAAGAGCCAUGUUCAGGGGAGAAUAUGAGUGAUAAAUUAGCUCAGUUACAACUUGAGGAAAUCAAAGGAGCCAGAGAAAAACAGCAACAACAGAAAGACAAGGAAUUCCAGAGAUACGUAGAAGCUUUAAGAGUCCAGAUCCAGGAGAAAAUGCGGCUGUACAAUGUCACGUUACCUGCACUGUGCUGCUGUGGUCCUGGUUUUUGGGAUGCCCAUCCUGACACCUGUGCCAACAAUUGUAUUUUCUAUAAAAACCACAGAGCAUAUAUGCGGGCACUGCAUUCAGUCAUCAAUUCCUGUGAUAUCCCUGAGGAGAGCUCAGCUCUUUGAGUCGCCAUUCUCAAUUUCGCUUAUGCACACAGAUGGAGUUUGAAAAAUCCAAAAUAAGAAUUUGAAAUCGACCAUAUUUCAGCCUGCACUUAAACAACCCCAGGAGAUUAUUUAGGAAAAGCUGUUAAAGUGCAUAAAACAUGCAGCGUAGAAAGAAGAAAGAAAGACUGUCCCACCUAACAGCUAUCUCUAUAAUUAGACUGUUUGAAUUUCCACUUGGGAGCAAGAUUGAAAGUUGACUUCUAAACUUGUGACUUUGCUGUAAAGCAUAUGGAGCCUAUUAUUUUAAAGAUGAUCAGUCAGACCAGUAAGGUUUCUCUUACUUUACUAUGUUCUGAUCAGAGGAGAUCAUAAGAAAUCUUUUGAGAUUAUCUCACUUAUUGACUUUCUAAAACUGUCUUUGAAUCUUGUCAAAAUUGAAUAUCUGAAUGAAACAAAAGAUGAUGAUGAAAUGGGUUUCUGCUCAUCAGUGGCCAUCUGUAUUGCUGUUAUCUUUUCUAGUUGUGGAUAACAGUUGAGAAGAGUUGAAAUGAUACAUUUUUUAUCUUAAAAUUUUUCUCUCCUUUUUAAAAAUUUAUUACCUUUCCCCAUUCAGUGACACUGGGCAUGAAACUUUUUAAUUUUAUAAUUGUUUAUUGCAAAAAAAACAAAAGGCAAAUAAGCCCUCUAGCCCUCUGUCUUUUGAGCAUCUUCUGUGUGAAAUAAUUUGGAAUGACAUUUCAAAAAGUGAAUCUGAAGUCAAAAUGAAUAGAGCCUUGCCUUAUUUCCCUAUCUGUACAAAAUCUGGUGAAUGGUACACCUACAGAGCAGAUGAAAUAAAAAUUGCUAUUGUUAAUGUAAA